AAUUUAUAAUAAUAUUUUAAUAUAUUAUUUUAAUAGGUUGUAAAUAUUAAGUAGAUAGAAUUACAUUCACUUUUAUUAGUAAUAACUAACCUUUUUCUACAGUCAUUAUAAUAGUAUCCAUAAUAUAGUGCAUCGCGUACUAAGAUAUUUUAGUCUGUGUCGUACAAUAGUAAUAGUAUUUUCGAUGAUAACCGAAAUAAAUUACUUUGUACAUUUGUAAGAACACUUAAUAAGUUUUGAGGACGAAAUGACCAUAAAAUCACUUUGCUCGUUAAAUACUACAUGGUGCAGGAAAAUAUUUUUUUAUAAUAGAAUAUACAGGACUAACCAAACAACGAUCAAAUUAUACUGUACGAAUCCUAAACCAACGUGCAACAUUGGUACAAUUGGGCAUGUUGAUCACGGGAAAACUACACUGACAGCAGCCAUCACCAAGGUCCUUGAAAAGGAUGGUCUAUCACAAUUUGUAGCUUAUGAUGAAAUCGAUAAGGCUCCUGAAGAGAAAGCUAGAGGUAUAACUAUAAAUAUAGCACAUGUCGGUUAUGAAACUGCAAAGCGUAAAUACGCCCAUGUUGACUGCCCCGGCCAUGCUGAUUUUGUCAAGAACAUGAUCGUUGGAGCGUCUCAAAUAGACUGUGCUAUUUUGGUUGUGGCUGCUACAGAUGGUUCAAUGCCUCAAACUCGAGAACAUUUACUAUUGAUUAAACAAGUUGGAGUACAGCAUGUGGUAGUAUUCAUUAAUAAAUGUGACAUAACAGAAAAUGAUGUUAUUGAACUCGUUGAACUUGAGAUACGAGAACUAUUAACAGAUUUUGGUUUUAAAGGACAUGAAGUUCCAUGCAUUUUUGGCUCAGCACUUCUUGCAUUAAAUGGUGACACAUCCAAAUUAGGAGAACAGUCUGUACGAAAGUUAAUGGAUGUUAUUGACAAUGAAAUACCAACUCCAAAACGUGACUUUACUUCUCCUUUUCUAUUGCCUAUAGACAAUUGUUUACUAGUACCUGGUCGAGGAGCUGUUGUUAUAGGCACAUUAAAGAGAGGUACUGUUUGCAAAAAUGAUAAAGUCGAGUUAUUAGGGUUUGAUGAAAAGAAAAUAACGAGUGUUAGUGAUAUCCAUGUGUUUAAGAAUUCAGUAGCAAGUGCCAAAGCUGGAGAAAAUGUUGGUUUAUUAUUAAGGGGCCUAAAACCAAAAUUUGUGCGUAAGGGUAUGAUAUUGUGCCCUGUUAAUACUUUGACACUGAACAAUCAUUUUAAAGCAACAAUUUAUUUUCUUUUACGCUCAGAGGGUGGACGGUCAAAACCAAUCACGUCCAAUUAUCAACAACAACUAUUCAGCCAUACAUGGAACAUUUUUUGCAGAAUUGAUCUGGAUUCAUCAGUAUCCAUGGUAAUGCCUGGAGAACAUUCUGAGGUUAAAAUUACUUUAUUGAAUAAAAUGAUCAUGGAUAUUGGACAAUCAUUUACUGUACGAGAAAAUGGAAGAACAGUAGCUACUGGUAUUAUUAGUGAAAUUUUAUCAAAUGUAAAUGUAUCUAAAAAUAAUUUAAAUAAGGUGAAUGCAAUAGGUUAAUAAAAGUGAUACAAAAUGUAGCUUCUAUUUAUAUGUGUAAUUAUUAAUGUUUACCUAUAACAUAUAUUAUAUACAUAUACAAUUAUCAAAUUA